GCGGCGGCGUGGUGGUGGAGGUCCUGCUGUCUCUGUCCGGACCUCAAUGUCUGACCGGUCUCAUAUUACGCUUUAGAAUAUAGUUAUUCAUUCCCGGUGCAACCCGUUGAUUUUAAUAUCAGGAUAUCAGGUAAUAUAGCUGAAAUUAUGAGCUUUCUAAUGCAUCUUUGACGUCAGAGGUGCGUCGAGCACUCGCGUGAUUUUAUUUAUAGGGAAUUGUUUGGUUGCAUUAUUUUGGAUCUAACAUAUUUAAAUCAGCUGGAAGAGGAGGACGGACAUCACUAUUGACUGAGGACUGUUAAUCCAGAUUUAAUCUUAAUAACAUGGAGACCGUGUCCAUGGUCCAGUCUGAUCCAGCAGUAUGAUUGGAGCAUCCAGUCUCUCAGGGGACACCCUAAUAGCGUGCCACUUCCCUGUGGUUCAGCUCCCCACUUGGCAACUUCCUGUCCAGGCCCUGUGCGGCUCAGCCAAGAGGCCCGGCCGGCUGUGCUCAGUAGGCCUGACCCGAGCUGUGUCCCUCCCAGAGCGAGACUCGCUGCACCGAGAGCAUGCCUUCGCAGGCGGGCGCAGACCUUUUUCCAGCAGCUACGGUAGUCUCAACGAGGACCGAGCGGAGGAGGAGGGGGGCAGCGACAGCAGCGGGAGGUACGACUCCAACUCGUCACCGGAGGAGACGAGUUCCCAUCUGAAGAAGGAAAGUUCUGGAGCUAGAGACAGCCUGCGGUCACGCAACUCAUUCCUUCCCAAUACAGAGCUAGAUGAGGAUGAGGAAGAUGAAGAUAGUGAUGGCGAUAAUCUACACCGAUAUCACGAGGACUCCUCUUUUGUGCUGCAUGGAAAUUCCAACUGGCCUCGAAAUAAUGGUGCCAGAAAUCACACAAUGUCCCACGGGGACAGCGAAUGGGGCAAUGAAGGGACCAUGCUGGGUACGAAGAGUGACCAGGAGUGGCUCUCUAACCAGCCUCGCCAGCCGGGCUCACUGCAGACUGAAUGCUUUCAUGUGAGCAGAUCUGGCAUCACAGUGGUGGCUUUUGGCGAGCAAGACUCAGACAGACUGAAGGAUAACAUGUCCUGCUGCAUCCACAAAUGUUCCCCAGAGCUGUUCUCCAACAGCCACGCAGAGUAUGUCAGCGACUCUUCCUGUAACAGCUCUGACGGCGUCUUGGUUAACUUCUGCACCAUCUAUAACAGGAGCAACAACCCUGCCACGCCGAACGACCUCAGCAGUCCCGUGGUUCACCCCUAUCCGUCAUCUGAGGGAUCCGUGUUCCUCAACCUUCAACCCGUUGCUCAGACUCCAGCCGAGGACCUCCAACAGGAUGACAUGACGGUUAACUCUCCCCCUAAAGAGGAGGUCGACGUGACACCCCCCGCUUCCUGCUGGUCUCCUCAGGGCCUCGACUCUAACUGCAAUCUUUACUCCCUGGAGCCGCUACCCCCGGGUCUCUCCUCGCUGGAGGUGUCAGACCUGGCCGCCUGCCUCCAAAGCCAGGCCACAUUAGCUAUGGGGACCAACCAGAAGUACUACAAGCUUGUGACCUGUGACCUCUCCUCCCAGUCGCCUAGCCCAGCCUGGUCCAGCCUCACCAGCUGCCCCGAGGGUCAGAGCAGAAGUAGCCACUUCCAUCCCUCUGAGCACCUCUUUGAGGAUCAUAAGAAAGAAGAACAACACAAAGAAGCAGAGAAGGAGAAAGAGGAUCACCAGAAUGAGAAGAGGUUCUCCUCCGCACAGUGCAGCGCCGGGUUUGAUCGCCCUCAGUUUCAGACCUAUGAUUACCAAGUUGCCACCACCUCCACUGAGAAAGCCCUCUGCAGGAAGAAACAUACAGACAGCAUCCAAAACCUCUCCCACACGCCUUGUUCGCUGUGCCCCAGCCAGUGUAGCCCACAAAGCAGUGAAUGCCAAGGCACAAGCGCUGCGUCCACACGGCCAUCUGUGAUUCUGCACCAGGAUCACUGUGAUACUGAUGCUACUGAGAAGGGAGCAUGUUCAUUGGAAAAUGCAGUGGUGCGCUACAGUAAAGCCCAGAGACCAACCUCGCUGCCCAUCCAGCCCUUUGUUCUGGUCCCCACAGGCAAACCCCAGACCCAGCACCUGGGCUGUCUUCUGGAGCAGUACAUAAACCAGAAGAGCAGCAAGUCUGGUAGCUCCCAACCGGGCCUCAAGUUCAAGGCCAAAAGCAGCCAGUGCUUUUCUAAUCUUCAGCCGUCACCGAUGGGCAACCGCUGCCCCGUCUUCCUGGAGGCUCCGUCGAGCUCUGACACCUGCUCCACCUGCACGCCGAGCCCAGAGUGCUUCAGCCGCAGACGGGCAUGGAGCCAGCCCUGCAGAAGCCAAGGAUGCCCAAGUCUGUGUACAUUAAACUGCAGCCUAGAUCCAACUCACAGCAGCCCAACGCCCAGACUGGUUCAAGAUAAAACAAGCCCAUACUCAGGCAAAACUACCAAUUUUUCAGCCCCAAAUCAGACCAACCUUGUAAAAAUUCCCACCUACCAGGACCUUAUUAACCUCACCCCUGAGCAGAGCCAUGCCAACACUGAGCCCAAAAGUCCCACCUACCAUCCACUAGUCUCCCAUACACCGCCCACUUUACUCCUAACCACUGACGCCCGUCACCCAAACCUGCAGGUGUCCCUGUCUCCUCCCGCAACCGUACAACCAGACAAGAAGCUCCCUCAGCACCGGGCUGCACCUGCAGCUGACGCCGGCUUUUUUCGCGGCGGUUUUACAGCUGCCCUCUCCUCGGUAGCUCCUCUCUCUUCUCUGAGUUGUCUGCUUUCUUUAGCUGCUUCCGGGCUGCAAAUGCAGGACUCUACUGGGAAGCCGAGUCAGAGUCAACACAGUGACUCUCUGAUCCUGAGCGACAGGCCGCCCACAGAGUUCUGCCUCUCGCCCGACACGUCUUAUGAGUCCAUGUCUAUCAGCCACCUACAGAGGAGAGGUUUGCUGAGGUCUGUGAGCAGGGCGGUGGAUUUGAUCAUGGCUCAUUUUGGCAGCAGCAGAGACCCUGAAGAAAAGAUGCGUCUGGGUAACAGCUCUCGCAGUCCCACAAUAGGCGGUCUGGUCCUGGAACAUUUGUGUCCGGCGAUCCAGAAUAUUUUAGAGGACGGUCUUAGGGAUCACAAAUUGGAUCUCAUCAUCGGGCAGCGCCGCAACCACUCCUGGAGCGUGGUGGAGGUCUCUACUAGAAUCGGUCCAUCCACCAGGGUCCUUCACAGCCUGGUCUCCAAAAUCAGACAAUGUCCCCAGCUCGCCAGCCACUGCAUGAGACUGAGAGCCUUCAUCAUGGGCCUGCUUAACUUGAGAGCUUUGGAGUUCUGGCUCAGUCACCUUCAGAGUCAAAAAGAUGUGGUGACAGCAUACUACCAUUCUUGGGGGUUCCUGUUCAUGUCACUGGGUCAGUGUCAGCCCAUGUUUCAGGAGCUGCUACUUCUGCUGCAGCCGCUCUCCGUGAUGCCCUUUGACCUCAACUUGCUCCUGGAGCCCCGACUGUUACGCAACAGACAGCUGUGUUCGGAGGAGGAGCAGGGUGUUUCUCCACCUCCGCCGUGCUCGGCCCUCCUGGUGACCAGCUGGCCACUACUGCAAGCUGACAAAAAGGUGGACAGCAGUCAGCAAACUAAGAUUUCACAGCAGACUGCUCUGCAUCGCCAAGAGUCUCUCAGUUUUCAGAAGCAGGAUUGCGUAGGGAUGCAGGCUAACAGGAGUCCAUUAGCGCCUAUUCCAGAGUGGUGGCCGAAAGAGCCCGACCUUAUGGAUGGUAUGGAUGAAGGGGAGGACUGCAGCCAUAAUUAUGCAGAUACUUGGUCCCAAAUAAGUAUGGACAGCAGGCAAGAAGAGAGGACGGGAGAGAAAGACAAUGGGACCCCAAUUGCGUCCACUUGUGUCCAGACUGAGAGUCCAUGUCUGGGCGGGCUGCGCUGGGCCAAACUGUUCGGAGCAGCUGAUACGUCCACCAGGACAGAGAGCGUCUCUCAGAGUCACAGUGGAGUACAAACCAAAAGGUGCAGGCGACCGUCGCAGUGGCUGCAUUUUGACAGAUCGCAGCUUGGACUGUUGGCUCAAUCCAUCAGGUCAAUGAAGCUAUGAGGAGCUCAGACUAACAAAGACUGCUGAAAACUAAACCCUUUGCGGGUGGAGGACAGAGUGGAGCCUAUUUACUAUAAUAACGAAAAGUCUUAACUGCAUGAUAAUACAUACACAGUGCUGAACUGAUCAGCAAGUACAUUGAACACAGGAUUAACAGCUUUGGCAAUGGCCCUUAUUCAUCAAGCUUUGCGUUGCACCAGCUAUUCGCAAAUCCAUCCAAGUUUGUGUGCCCUUUCUAAGUUCUUAGUACCAGUUAGUUAUCAGCCGUGACAGUGUAUGGCUGGUAUUGUUUUCACCUUGUGAGUGUGUGUGUGUCAUCAGGUGUGCCAGGUGUUUAUGUCUGUGGACAGAUUUUGUCACCGCGGUAGCGUCACAAUUGCCGAGUUCGAACAUUGGUGUGGUCCGAGCAAGGGCGCCGGAAGUAGGGGGGUAUGAAGUGGGAAAGGGGCCAUUGGCACCUCACUUUACGCCCCUGGCCCAAUUUGGCGUUGUGGUCGGUGUGAUCCCGUCGCAAGAUGGUCUCUAGUUUUGAAAUAAAUCAGGUUGCAAGGAAUGUCUUGAUUAGUAAAAAAAAAACUUUUAACAAUGUGUAAGGAAACAUCUAUUAUGCUGUUCAAUCAACUAUGUAAACAGGAAGUUGCUGUAGCAUCACAAACAAGCCCCCAGGAAGAGCGAAGCAAAUUUUCGUAAUGGCCAAACCGUGGAAUUACAACUUCACCUGAUGCCAUCAGGCCCAAGAAUACUUUUUCCCAUAGACUUACAUUGGGAAAGAGACUUCUGUCAAUCAGCAGAUAAUUUUUUUUUAGGUAA